AUGGAAAUGGUGACAAACACGCUACAUGUCGAUCAAAUCGCUCGUGUCUCCAAGCGGAGUUCGUCGCCAAGAAUUCUGACUCACUUUGUGGAAGGAUUUGUCAUUCAAGAAAGCAACUUUCCAUUCACGGUAAGAUUGUUCGAUCGCACGUGUUUCACGCCUUUAUUUUAGAGCUUGUAAACUAGCUGCGAAAAUCUGUCACUUGAUAAGGCACACUGUAAGCUUACCAUAAAUAAGGGUGUCAACACUUGAUAAAAAGGCAUGAAAAAUGGUAGGCUGCCCGACGAGCAGAUGUCGUGAAGGCCAUUGAGAAGGAUCUUUUCUUAGCAUUGAAUUCGAAUCAAGUUGCUCAAAAAAAAUGAUUUUUGUUCUUUUUUUUUGGUCUUUGACACAUUUAGAUCUUUACAUUGGAAAAUGGUUGACAAUAAUGAUACUAGUACUAGAGCAACAUCGGCAUAUAUAUCACUCAAUGAGAUUACCGUGAACUGAAACUCCAUUGGCCAACAUAUUGUACAGGCCUGAUUAUUUUUUUUUACCCUAUUUUAAUAAAGAAUUGAUUAGGGGCCAUUGACAUAUUGACUUUUGUCCCUUCUUAACAUCAACUGGAUGACUACUAGCAAAUUGUACAUUGUACAUUGUGAUCCUCUAAACUCUACCUUUAAUCACUAAUAAAUGAGAAGGCUAAUUUUGUUAGCCGAAAUAUAGGCUUAUAGUAAACCAGCCCUUUGCCGUAGUGCCAGCCCUGCAUCCAGUUUUGCUUUAUUUUACACCAAAAAUUAUAUUUAGUUUGCUGAUAUUGUAAAGACAUUUGUGAACAAAACUGGAAUCUUUUUUCAAUACAUACUUUCAACGUCAGUGUUUUUUUUGUCAGUAUUCCCUCUGGAAAGUAGUGACUUUUGGGGCAGCAAAAUUUCAAGUGGACAGUAAGGAGGAGGAAGGGGAGGUCUGACCUGAAUGUCCAGUUGGCGUUAGAUGGGGGGAAAGUGAAUACGUUGACGGCCCCUUAAUUGAUUGUUUGUUCUAUUGAAGCUGGUAAAAAAUCCCAAGACUGUAAAAUGAUUACCUUUGCCUUUGGUGCUACUUUAAAACCGGUUAAUAAAAAAUGUACAUCAACAAUGGAUUUCUGCAUUUAUAGUAUCAAGACUUCUCUGCUGCUGAGGCUCGGAGUGAGUCAUUGGCAUGGAAGUCCCAUGACAAGUGGUAACUUUCCAACGAUAAUCCACUGAUGCAUUCAUUCAGUGUACCAAUUAGUUUUAAGCAGUGGGACAACUACCCCAGUGUGGAGAAUUUCUAGAAUGUGUGGUUCCUAAAAAUAUCCACACCAUUACCACCUUAAGAAUCAGAGCAAGUGAGUGUAAUGUUUUUUUUUUCUUUCCUAAAUUUCAGUCUGGAGAUGACAAUGAAGAACUUACUCAAGACCUCAAUGGAAAUCAGAAUUAUGGGAAUGGUGACAUUGAAAUGGAUGCCGGUUUCGAGGGUGAGUAUUGCCAACAGUUAAUUUUACUGUCAGAUACCUCUAUGUAUCAGCUUAUCACUAGGUUAUUGAUCAGCAUCCUCCACAGUCUAGAUCCAUUCAUCUUUUUCAAAACUGGUUCUGUGUUUCAUUACUGGUACAUGUACAUUCAGCGCUCGAAGGAAACUUGAAUUCCAUUAUGUCCUUUGGGCAAGCAGCUCUCAUGUUUUGCUUGCCUGGGACAACUACUGGCUUAAUGUCUUAAGGCGCUUUAGAUUUGUCAGGAUUGGCCGGCUGGACCAUUGCUGGACCAGUCAGUUAGCAACUGAAAUUGGCUUUUUCCAAAGGGAUUCACUGAAAAAUCAUCUCCUUCAUGCAUAUUAUUUAGGAUUUGACUGAUCCGGCUGGAUAGUUUUGAUUAAAAGUGAAAUUCUCAUUAUCAUUUGUCAGUUCUGACGAAUGGAAAGCACCCUCAGUUAAUGAUUUAGUUAGAGGAUGACUUGCUCCGACACUUCCCCAUUAAUUGGGCAAGUGAGCUGUAACAGUUACUUGCCCAGAAAGAAAAUUAAUUUAUACUUGCGCCAGACAACUGGACGAAACCUUUUUCAAGCCCCGUCGUUGUAUGUUUCUAAAAAAAAAGAGCUAAAAACAAAUCUACGUUUGAUCAGAUGUAAGAACACUCGUUAUUACUUCUUUUUAAGAAAAUAUAUCUAUUCAAUGUUUUCUUCAUCAUUUAUUUUAUUUAAUACAUUGUAAGAUUGUUUUAACUUUGCAUGAAAGGCACUUUAUUAGAAGUAGAAAUGAAGUUCAUGUUCUGGGUCCUGUUGACUUUGAUCUUUGCCACCGUGUGUUGAUCACCUAAAAAUUGACUCUCUCUUUUUCAAUCUCUGUGACUUUUCAAGUUGUAUCUCAUAAUUUUUUGCAUCAAGCAGGUCCCAUAACUGUGGGCAGGAAAGGCACUAUUCUAUUGAAUCUCAGCUGAAAUUUCAAGUGCUGUAAUUUUUUAUUAAAUCUUCAGCUGACAGCCCUUCAAGUAACGAUGAAGCUGUCAAUGAAGUAUUCUUGGAUGACUCAUCUGUAGGACACUGCGAACAGUGUGGCCGCCUAACAGAAAAUCUGCACCACAGGGGCCCCAAGAGAUUCUGCUCCACUUCUUGUGCAAGAAGAUACAGUGUAAGCUGUUCACGUAAGAUGGUAGCUUUUCAUUCCCGCUCCAGCAGGGGUAGAAGGCACAUCAGUGUUAACCAGCUAGCUUCAAAUAGAAAGUCAUCUUAUUCUGUGCCUAUGGUGAGUUCGCUGGUGUUUGCCGACCUCGCAAUCACUCACCAGUCACUCAAUCUUUUUCUGAAGCCAUUCAACACAUACUCAACUCAGUGAAAUUCUCUGCUGUACAUAUAUCAUGAGAAUAUACAUAGAUGUCUCUCCUCGCUCCUCACUGCUGUAAGGGACGUUUUGCAGGAGAGGCAUCUGUGCCUUAACAACAGAAAUUCCAUCUUAUUCUUAUAUCAUCUUAUAUCAUCUUAUAUCAUCUUAUUCUUCCAUCUUAUCCUUAUUUCAUCAGAAAUUCCAUCUUAUUCUGUUCCCAUGGCGAGUUCACUUGUGUUUGCCGACCUCACGAUCACUCACCAGUCACUCAAUCUUUUUCUGAAGCCAUUCAACACAUACUCAACUCAGUGAAAUUCUAUACUGUACAUAUAACAUGAGAAUAUACGUAGGGGUGUCUCCUUGCUCCUCACUGCUGGGAACAUUUUGUAGGAGAGGCAUCUGUUCCUGGGCGACAGAAAUUCUAUACUGAUGACCUAAAAUCUGUUGGGAAUCUGGUUAGGAGCUCUAUUUACUAAUAAUUAUAUUAUUUUAGGUAUUGUUUACAAAUGACAGACAAAUAACCAAAGGUCACAGAGGUCAAAUGUUAACACGAUGAAUCUACUAUGCAAAACACUUAUUUUUGUGGAAUUUAUUUUUUCGUAGAUAAAACAUUUGAGUUUUGCUUCAGCUGGUUUGCAGAACUCAAGACUUUACCAUAACAGACAAGCAGAAACAUACAUGUGUAAACUUUAACAGGUUCAUGUUAGGAACCCUAUGAAUUGAUUCACAUCAUCAGUAUGGAAUUUCUGUCGUUCUGGCGCAGAGUUCUCUCCUGUGAAAAGUCCCUAGCAGCGACGAGUGAAGAGAGACAGCUGUAUUCACAGACUGGUAGCCCACCCAUUUUAUUCUCACAAAAACACCUCCAUCAAACCCACAUCAACCAAUACCAAACAGUGAUUUCAUUACAAAUUUUGUUGUUACAUGUGUAAGUCAAUUGAACUCACUUCUCAAAAACUAAACUGUAUAAGUCCUGCUUAAAUUUCCGGUUGAGUCAAGAAAUAUUUUUGUGUUGAGCUAAGAUGUGAUUAUAGUUGCUAAAUUGCAUGCAGAGGAGUUUCCUUGUUUGAUCUGACAUUUUUCCUUUUGUGGUGUCCCAAAGACGAAAUUGAUACUAUGUUAUUGUUUAGGACUUUGUACAUCAGAGACAGAAUGCAGGGAUAGCAACAUCACUGAGCAGACUGAGCAACUAUAAGUAGAACACACAUCCACUUCACCUCACCCUGUGCUUAGAAUUACUCACCCACCCUACCCUGGGUAUGCUGUCUGACUCCCCAAAGGGGAGAGGUAGGGUUUGUUUUGCCAAGCACAGAUUUGAAAGUUAGCAGCUCGAAAUCUUUCCGCCACAUGUCGAUCUAAGAGAAAGGGUGAAAGUGGCUGAGACAUGGCUAUCUAGUUCAUUUGGUUACCCUGGUCAUCUCGCCCCCAAGUCAUUUCAUCCCGGUUACUAAGCCCCCCUAUUCUAGAACGAGGAAUAUUAUAUUUGAAGCGUGCUUGUUCUGGUUUAUGGCUUAUUAUAAAAUGACUAAGAUAGUACGUGCGUUCUGAUUGUUAAAAAGCCUAUGGUUUAUUGUGCCUGUAAACUCAUAGAAACGACGGUGAUGGCAACGGCAACGAGAACAGCAAAAGAGUAGUAGGUUUAGAUUGGCAAAACAGCAAUUUUGCACGUGCAUCACGCUUUUUUGUACAUUUCCUUACCGUCGUUGCACGCCUAGAGCGUGAAGCUCCCUGUUUUCACGUUUUGUGGAGGACGUGAGCACAAAACGACAAUUUUCUUUUUCUUUUCCUGAACUUCGAUACAGUCCUUUAGAAAUCAGUUCCAGAAAAAUUCGCCAUUAUAUGUCGAAUUGAAUGAGUUGGAAUAAACGCGACAAAAUUUGAAGCGGCGCAAAUUCACUUUUUAAGUAUCGUUUUCGUAGCCGUCGCCGUCGUUUACAAUAGCGACCUUAAGAUCCGACAACGGCGACGGCAACGAUACCGUCAAAAAAGCGAUAGAUUUAAUAACCAAAACAACAAUUUUGCACGUGCAUCACGCUUUUUUGUACAUUUCUUUGCCGUCACUGCACGACUACGACGCAAAAAUGCCUAAUUUCACGUUUUACAGAGGAAGUACACAAACGACGACGAAAUUUCCUCUCUCUUUCUGAACUUGGAUAUGGUUCCUAGCAAUUCAACGUUAGGAGGGUUCACCUACAUUAAACAGAGUUAGUGACUUAGAGUAAUUUCAUCGCGAUGAAGAUUGAAAGAACGCGAAUUCACUUUUUCAGCGACGUUUUCUCUGCCGUCGCCGUUCUCAGGUCGCUAUUGACUAAUAUAAAUAUAGUGUUAAUAACAAAACAAGACCAUUAUUUUUGGUAUUCAGUUGAUACAAAGGCACGUUCAAGGGUUUUUUUUACAAGAUAGCAAAUAGCCUGAGAUAGCCACUUCCUAGCUAAGCAAGUUUUUCUGGAGUUCAGCAUGUCACCACAUAUUGCAGAAACUAUAUGAAAGCUGGCUAGCCUGGUUUACACAGUAAAGACUUUGAAGAAGUGAACAAGCACCUUUCUUAUUUACCAUACCACUCCUGAUGACUGUUUUUUGUUCUGUCUGUAGUAUUACGACCACCAAGCUGGGCCAUAUAUGGUAGAUGCAUCCAUUCAAGUUAAUGAAUUUGGUAAGUCAAAAACAUAAUGAACUCAUUAGAAGUGUCAUGUAUACUGACAAGCUGUAGCAGUAAAGAAACCUUCACCUUGGUCGCGAAUAUUGGAAAACUGCCCCUCUUCUUUGUUUCAAUUGCCAGAAUUAACUGUGUGAUCAAUCGAUUAGUGUGGUGUUUUCAGUGUUCAUUGCUAAGUUUCUCAUGUCUUUAACCCAGAAACGUUUUUAAACAUUUUGUAGCUGUUAUUUUUUGUACCAAGGUAGCGUUUACUUACGUUUCUGUUCUAUAAGAUUUAACUGCCAGGCGUAUAUAUUGGCUUCAUUUUCAACUUCUCGUACUGUUACCAUUCUAAAGAAAAUACCUUAUUUUGUUUUUCUGAAGAAGGCUUCCCUCCAAACCGUAACGCAUUUGCAAUCUUGCUCCUUUGCGCCUUGAGAAUCAGUUUGCUAUUGGUUCUUACAUUUUUCUAGUCUCUAAGUCGUCGAGGACUUGACGUGAUCAUAACAAGUGAUCCUCUUUCGGAUAAAAUUAAACAGUUGCUAAAUUCAGUUUUGUGAUUUUGGGGACAACGAAACUAAAAUAUCAUGAAGUGUUUUCGUUCUUAGCUAAUAAGACUUACCUGUGCUAGAUUAUGGGGAAUGUCAAAAAGAAAAUCGUGCACUAAUUUUUGAUAUGUAUUUGGCCAUUUUAUCAAUUCAAUUUAACCUUGUUUUAUAAAGUAAUGGAGUUAUGACUGUUUUAUAAGUAUUGAUUUAAUAUUCCUUUUCCCAAGUUCGGCUUUCUUCUUUUCUUUCCUAGUAACAAGGCUUAAAUGGUUAGGGUUAAAGGUCUUCCCACCUCUUUUCGCCUCGUAUUUUAGCUCAGUGUUGUUUGCUCUUUGAAUAUUCAUUUCACUUUUUUUGCUUCUGUUUGGUUGCCAAACUCUUUUUCUAUUAAACCUGUUUCCGCAUAGCGAUUUAACACUCGCUUUACAAAUCCUCUCCAAAUGUGUUAGCUCGUCAGCCAAUAUUUAGAUUUCAAGUUGUUAUUUCGAGUAUCCACGACAAUGAAUCCAUCUCUACUGGCAUGCGUCUUCAUUUGCAUUGGAAAUCAUUCAUAUGGUAAAACCGUUGAAGUAUUGUUUUAAACAAAAUUCAUAGCCAUCUCGUCGCUGAGCGAAUUGGACAAAGUUCUAACAUGGGAAACGAACUGUCCGAUCGUAAGAACAAAUCCAAACAAAACGAACCGUCCCGAAAUGGCCCAGACGGAGAGGCCGUUUUACAUGAAGGUGAUCCUAAAGAUCAAACAGGUAUUUGUCAAACGCUUUAGCUGUUUACCCUUCUGUUUUUAAUCUUUUGCGGAUGAUUACGUAGUACAGACCCAUUAAGAGAAGUUUCUCUUUGAGGUUGUCCUUGACAAAUUUUCGAUUUCUCCAACGUACAUUUGAAGUGAACUCCAAUGCUGUCGUACAGUGACUGUCAUUGUUGCCAAUGGUGGAAAAAUUGUGAUCGGAAAAUCUCUUGCUGGUUUACUGAUACUUAGCUUCCAAUUAAUCUUAAAUUUUUUUUUUCAUUUACGUAGCUAUUAGUUUGCUUCGUCUCAUUGCGUUCUUAGACGCCAAGUUGUAUUUCACCGUUUUCUAUUAGUUUUAAAUCUCCGGUGUUAUUUUCUGGAAACAUUUGCUUUCUUUUUGAAAAUUAAACUGAAUUAAUGUUUAGUAAUUGAAACCCAAGGAAAUGUAAUUAUUUAAUUUUCGUUGUUUUUCUUAAGAAAGGUAGGACUGUUUUCAAUAUUCCUUAGUAGAGAAUAAGUCAGAAAAUCAGGAAUAAUAGAUUUUGGUAGAAUGGUUCAAGUUUAAACUUCCUUCAAAUCCAGGCGUUUGUAACGAAAACGUGAAGAAACUUCAUUGAAAAAAAGACAUCUCCGUCUAGAAACCAAAGCUGUGGAGAAAAAUGAGAGCUGUAAUUAACAUAAUUGUGAAACAAGAUGUUGCUAUGCAUACGAACAAUGUUUUUUCGUGUAACCCUGUUCGAAAGCUUCGUUUAUUUCAUUUGAUAACUUGUUUCCGCCACUUCGACAUUCUCGCUAAAACUCGUUGUGGAAUGACGACGGCUACCACGUUUUCCCGCCAAAAUGACGCUGGUUCACGCGCGAGCACUACUUAGUAUUGAGAAAAUCGCCUACUCGUUGUCGUACUCGUCUUAGAAUCUAAAGUCUCCAAUAGCAGGUUAAUGAUAUCAUAUCCUGUAUUAUUACUUGCGUUCAGACACAGUACACCCACUGAAUUUUGACUGGACACGCAGCGAAGUGGAACCCCUGUGGCUGUAUGAACACGUGAAAGCCGCUAAGUGGAAUGUUCAGGAAGUGGCAACCUUCGUUAAGUGAGUACUUCUUUUGAAUCUUGCUGCUUAUUUGUCAGUCUCCCAAGCAAUGAAAUUCCCAAUUACGUGUUUGUAAACAUUCACAGUCUCGAAAGUUAGAAUCACCUUGUACAGCGUAAUAAACAGUACCACAGGAAAGUACUGCUCAGUACAUCUCAUUUGAAUGGUCACAUUUUAGGAUUUUCAUCCACAGACUCAAAAGUUAGAAUCACCUUGAACAGUGUAAUAAACAGUACCAAAGGAAAGUACUGCUCAGUAGCUUUCAUUUGACAGGUCGCGCUUCAGGAUUUCACCCACAAACUGAAAAACUAGAACUCCCUCGACUGCCCUCAUAAACAGAACCAUAGGAAAGUACUCCACCUCAGUAGCCUUCAAUUGAAUGGUGACUCACAAGUUACGUACUUGAACUGCUUGCUGUUCGUUGAUUGCAGGUCUUUAAACGGCUGUUCCGAGUAUGCCGACUCGUUUAUAUCCCAGGAGAUUGAUGGACAGGCCUUGAUGCUUCUUCGAGAGGAACACAUGGUUGUCGCUAUGCACAUGAAACUUGGGCCCGCUCUCAAAAUUGUGGCCAGUGUGAAUGCCAUGAAGAGAGAGGCCUUGAAAGAACAUCAGUAAUUUGCUUGAUGCUUUUACUCCUUAGAGCCAUAACUUGGAAAGCAAACUGUGUUACAUGUAGGUUGAAUUUUAUCUUGUGGUCUUUCACAUGCAAUCAGGACAACACUUACGUCGCUUACCAUUUGUCAGAACUAGCUGGCCAGACCAGUCCAGUUUUCAGGAGAGUUCCACAAUUAAUCAAGACUUUUCAGCCAGGUCAUUUUCUUCAUACAUGGUAUGCUAUGCACGGCAGUAAUGGGUUUAAGUAAAAAUUGCAAGAACAGACUUAUGUUUCAUUUUUAAAAUGACUGGUCUGGCCGGCUAGUACUGUCUUUU